CAUGGAGCGACUGACAUGGACGCGCGCACAGCGAUCACUCACUUGCACUCGAUCCACUCACUUCCUCCCUCCCCCCGCGAUUCUCGCCCUCCUCAAGUACUCCCCCGCCCCGCCUCGUCAACGACGGCUACGCCCUUCUCCGUCCCAUCUUCCUCAACAUCCGCGUCACUCCCUUCCUCCCUUCUCUCUAUCCACCGCAAGUCUCCAACGCACCCGCGCAUCGUAGCCACCCGGUGCGGACGUCUCCAGCUGUCAUGUCGGGGGAAGCAUGGAAAGACUUUGAACACUUCAUCAACUACUAUGUGCCAAAGCAGACUGUCCCUCGCCUGCGGCAGUUCGCCGCCGUCAUCGAGAAGCAUGCGAGAAUGAGGUUGAUAUUGCGGAGCCAAGAGCGGAAAGCGGACGUCGUCCACAAAAUUCAGGUCGCCUUUCAGACCAUGAAGAACAACGACCAGGUUGCCAUCUACCAGGCUGCAAGGGCCGAGUGCGAACAGAUAGGCGCAGGGCAUUACUCGGCUCACUCACACGUCCUUCCUCCACCCACUUUUGGAACUGUGACCGCCGCAAACUCUGCAGCGCGGUAUCACAACGCCAUGAGUGCUCCGACUAACGGGUAUCCGGCGCCGAAUGGGAGCGGGUGGAGAGGCCCAGCUGUCGCGCAAGCCUCCAGUAGUGGACGCGAGCCGACUUUGAUCGACUGGAAGCCCAGCCCGAUGUGGAAGCCUCUCAAGGCGUUGACGAACAUGGAGGCCUUGCCAGACAUCCACACGAGCGAGAGCUCCCACGUACGCCGCGAGAAGCGUGUCAUUUUCUCCUUGCCCAACGACGUGAUAGACGGUCUGAACAAGUCCAAAUCUGAUCCUCAUGUGCGCCCAGUGUACUCUGUGAGACUCUUCUGCACGUCGUCUGAGUAUUUCCGGCCACCAGGCAUGUAUGGGCAACCUGGGCAACCUGUCCCCACGAACCGCAACGUCCCGAUCGAGUACCCCGCCAACCCCGAUGUCGUUGUCGACGGGCAUGUUGUGCCAUUCAAAGCGCGAGGUUUGCGAGGGAAGGCAGGCAGUGCGCCUCCGCUGGACUUGGACAAGUCUAGUCGUGGGCUGGUACGCACGGCGGGACGGAUGGCGAGCAUGAUAAUGGCGCACCAGGGGCCGACACCGAGUAAGAAGAAAGAGUACUCCAAGAAAUUCUUCUUCCAGGUUGUGUACUGCGAGUUCACGAGCAUGGAGGACCUCUUGACGAGACUUGAGGGUUUGGCGCCUACAGACCCGGAGGCCGAGUUGGCAAAACUCCGCCAACGGGCAGCAGAGGACGACGACAUCGAGGUUGGCACGUCGACAUUGUCGCUCAAAGAUCCGCUCUCCGGCAUGCGGAUCACGAAGCCUAUUCGCUCAGUCAAAUGCUCGCACUUGCAGUGCUUUGACGCUAGAUGGUGGCUUGAGUCGAACAAGACCCACCCACAGUGGCUCUGUCCACACUGCAGCAAGGAGCUCGACUUUGAAAGUAUCAUCUGCGACGGCUACUUCCUGAGUAUUCUGCGAGCAGUGCCCGACACGUUUGACGAAGUCACUCUGGAGCCGAACGGCGAGUGGCACACCCAGAACAACCAAUACGGCUCCAUCGACUGGCUAGCUGAGCACGGAGCCGCACCGCCGGCGACUUCCGCGGCGAUGAAGCGUCCUCGCUCAGACAGUCCAAACGGCGUCAAUGUGACGCCGGGCAAGCGGCGCGCCAUCGAAAUUCUCUCGGACUCGGACGACGACGACGACAGUGAAACGCCACAAACGUCCCUUGCCAGUGGCCGCGCCAGUGGGUAUAGCAGCACAAAUCACAACUCGCGCGCUAUCUCGCAUUCUGUGCGGUCAACGGCCUCGGUUCAGCCUCCAGCCAUCAUUGACUUGACGUUGUCAUCAGAUGAGGACACAGACGACGAAGAACAGCUGCAUUUUCACCAGCCGGGCGGAAGUUCCACGAGUCGCGAAGGCGCCGGCUCGUCCGGAGUUCGUCCGGCGACUGAGACUGUGACCCACGCGACGUGGAGUCCUAAGCGCCCCGUGACGACACCCACUACCCAGGCCAGUCCGUCGAGCAAUACUGUCCCAACGGGGCCGCGCGUCACUCUGCGAUUCGACCCGCGAGGCUCAUCCAACGCCGGUGUAUCUGCACCUGGUGUGUACGGCGGAUCGUCGGGUAUCCGCACUUCGUCACAUCAACCUGCCUCCUUUUCUUCCGAGGGGUUGAGCAGUGCACAGAUUCUGCAGGCCGCCGACCGCUUCGGCCCGCGUGCGGGGUCGUCGUCGUCGUCCUCGGCUCGCCCUAACCCUAAUGCCCCAGAGGCAGGUUUGACUGCCGCGCAGAUAAUGGCGGCAGCAGAGCGCUUCGGCCCACGACCUCAUGCAUCCUCUAACCCACCGCCACCGUCCAUGCCGCCCAACCCAAGAGCUGCCGAUUCUGCCCAGCCUCAAGCCCGAUACUCGAGCACGUACCGCCCCCCACCCCGCCCACCUAAUGGGUACUCGCACUACAGCUAGGACAUAAGCGCUCAUACGCACAUGCGUCUUAUUGCAGCAAUACAUUUUUUACAUGAUGACACUAGGCUAGUCCAUUGUACCACACAUCACACACAGCAUCGUCCUCUUGCAGUCGCGCCGGUCUCAGCUCCCCUGUCCAUGCAGUCAUGUUGUCUAACACGCGGGCGACGCUGCGGUUAGCGCGGCCACAUUGCAACUCACAAAGCGGAAUCUUGACGCUGGCGGCAAGCCCUCCCAACGACGUCUCCUUGUAGUGCGAGUGCAUGUCCAUGGCGGUUGUGCGACACGCCUCGAUCGCGUCG